UACAGCUGAUUUGCAACCCGCCGAAGCUACAGCAGAGAAGGAGGAAAAAUGUCGCUGGCUUCGACGCGGACCGUUCUAGGAUCAGUGUCCUUUUAGGAAAAAUCAGACGGCAAUUCGAAUGAACCCUCUGCUGUGGUGCUGCUGUGAGAGAUUAUAAGCUUCCUGAAACUGUACAAAGAAAGUGAAAUGGUCUAACAGUUUAAUGUGGGAGGUUUUACCUUGACUAUAGCGAGAGUCAGCUUACGCUCCCCUUUUGUCAGCUAUAAACAUAACCAUUUAGGAACAGAGGAGUAUAGUGUAACGCUACAUGGGCCUCUAAGGUAACGUGAUCUGAUAAUUGAAGCCUCUGGAGCCUCCUCCCUCAGACAGAAAGGUAACAAUUCAGUGAAGACAUGGACCCAUCUACUAGGGUGGUGGGUCUGGAUGCCCAGGGGAACAUGGUUUUCACAGUGGUGAAACCAGUAAUGGGCAUCUUUCAGGUGUCUUCAGAGCAAACAGGUAGUGUUGCACAAGGGGGCAUGGGUCUACAGGGUCUAUCUGAAAAUGCAUUGAUCCUUCCUCAAGUGCAAGGCCAAGCUCUGGACCAGAACCAGAUGGAAAUGCACACCAUACAGCCUCAUAUUCAGAUGCCCCAGAUGCAGGUUUCUGCCCCAGUACAGACUGAGGUUGCGUCCCAGAAUCAGGACCCACCACCAAACUCAAGCACAAAUUCAGAGUCCGCUACCCACAUGCCUUUUGCAGAGGUGUCGUCACUCCUGGAUCCCAACAUGAAAGGAUCUAAGGCUCGAAAGUAUCUCAUCUCGUAUGAUGAAAUCAAGCGGCGUCUGCAGGCCCCGGAGAAGAUGUCCCUGCGCUCCCUGGCAGCCUACACUCGGGUCAGCAGAGGCCCGGCCAGCAAGAAGACACUUCUGGAGUCACUCAAUGUACUCAGCCUCACGCCAAGCACAACUACCUCCGUGUCCUCCUCGUUCUCCAAACUCACUGAAGGCGACACCAGAGCUUUGUGUGACGAUAUGAAGGACUUCUCCCAUGACUACAUCGACUACAGCAACAUGGCUAAACAGCUCAUCCCCGAGACAAACACGGUUCAACACUGGUCCAAAAUCAUUGAAACUAAGAACCACCUGGAGGAUAUGAGAAAAUGUUUCAAGGAACCGGUCAACAGCGGUGCGUUUGCCAACGUCACUCACGGUCUGGGUCUGGGAAUGUUGGACGUUGCACUGGACAUGAUCAUUAUGGUAAUUGAGCAGCAGAUUCGCAUCCUGUCUGGCGCGGCGGCAUCAGACCCGGCUGACUCCGGUCCGCCAAUGAGGCGCAUCCGCAGGCGCCUCCGCAAAACCCGCCCAACUGACAACGAGAACCCUCACAAGGUGUCAGGAGGGGUCAAAGAGCAAGGGAAGGCCAUUUCAAAAGGCAAGGGGCGAGGCCGAGCCAGGAAGAAGAUAAGGCAGGACGCUGGAGCAGCUGUUCCAAUGGAACCCCAAGCGGAGCAGUGCAAGCCCGAUGAUGUGGAGAAUAAUGUCCUUACCCUGGUUUCUGUUGGAUAUGAGACUGUUUCCAGUGGUCUCAGUGCAGCAGGAACUGUUUGACAGCUGCGCACAAGAACCAUUCAUAGUCCCUUUCAAAAGGCAUACUGAGCGAUGGAACACAAGCUCUGCACACGUUGAGCUCCUGUGAAGGAGAUCACAGCUGCACACAGUGAGCUCAGCGUCAACGGAUAAUGUCCCAUCUUUAAGUCAAACUUCAAGGAAUAGUUGGACGUUUUGGGAAAUAUACGUAUUUGCUUUCUUGACGAGAUUGAUACUGGGGCUGAACAAUUAAUCUAAAUUUUUAUCAAAAUAGCAAUAUGGACUAGUGCAAUUUCAAAAUUGCAGGAGGCACAAUAUUUGUUUAAGGCGACAUACGUUUGUGUCAAAAUAGCAUUCUGAUCUGAAUUAAGUAAUACGUAGUGCUGCAGAGAUGUGCCGGCCUACAAAUCAUAUUCCACAGACAGUUUGGUACAGAUCCUUGCAAAAAAAAAAUUAAUGCAUUUUUCAUUUAAAAUGAGAAUGAUGCAAACAAUAUCAUUCCCUCCCAAUAUUGUGAAUCAAAUCACAAUAUCAGUUAAAGUCGGUCAUCUCUAAUUGAUACCACUCCAUACUGUAAAUAUGUAGCUGGAGUUUGAGUUUUGUACAGAUUUAACUAGCAAGGUAUAAUGCGUUAAUUGGUGAGUUACAUGUUCCGGUUGGCCGAUUUUGUUGCCUUCAGACAGAGCCAGGCUAACUGUUUCCCCCUGUUUCCAGUCUAUAUGCUAAGCUAAGCUAACCGACUGCUGCCACAUAUGGUAUAUGGAAUCGAUCUUCACGUCUAACUCUUGGCAAAGCUAUAAAGCACAUUUUCCAAAAUGCCAAACUAUUCCUUUGAGUAAAUAAUCUUGUUUCUUUAGUAGCAGGUUUGUAGACGUAUGUGUGUAGUCUAAUCCAAUUAUAUACUAUUUUUAAUGCUAUGUUUUUUUUUAGUGAACAGACAAAAGUCCCCAUGUAUGUAAACAUGUUGAACACUGUCCAUGCACAGAUGUACAGCCCAUAAUGUAGAACAGAUCAUAUCAGAGGUCUGGAUUGUAUUUUUUGCUGGUGGUACAGUGUCUCUCAUUUCCCUGUUGUAUUUAUUGUUUAGUUUUCCAAUCCAACAUCUAUCGUUCUGUACUAGAUUGUUACUGGAACCUCAAGAGUUGAGUAAAAGAUUUCAUUUUCAUAACUA